ACCUCCAAUUGAUACAAUUUAGAUAUUUCUGACUGACUGACUUUUGUGUGAUAAACAUGCGAUGGUUUUAUCCCCUUUCGGCUCCCAGUGCAUGAGGACAAAAUCACAGUCUUGCUUAUUUCUCUACAGUACAUCUCCUCACCACUGUUAGUAGUACUUCGUAUGUCUUUCAUUGGGAGGGGAUCUCUAAUUAUGGACUUUUAACUCCUCUGCAUAAAUUAACGGGAAACCAUGUAUCUUAAAUCAGGAUUUAGAAUUGUGGGUUGCAUAUUUUUCAUAUUCCUACAGUGUUUAAAUAACGUUUCAUCAGUAACCAAUCAAAAUUGUCCUCUUUACUGGACCGCGUAUUCUAAUGUCUGUUAUCGAUUUCGUUGGGUGAAUCUCAAAAGCUGGAAUGAAGCUAGAACUUGGUGCAUAGCGCAAGGUGGGGAUCUUUUGAAACUGGAAAAUCGUGCAGAAAAAACCUGGAUAUCCAAUGCCAUAGCAAACAUCCAGACACACAACCACCUGCGAAGUGUGAUAUGGUGGACAGGCAUGAACAACAAGAAUCCAACAUCGCAGUCGUGGGUGUGGGAUGAUAAAUCACCCGUAGACCCAUCCAUUGUGUGAGUACCGUCUAUAAUAUAACACUUAUAUCCCCUGACAUAGCCAACUUCAUGUCUCCUUGACAGAUACAGCUUCAUUACUUUUAAAAUAUAUCCUUGACAUAACCAGAUUCAGAUUCAGGAGCUGCCCGGUUGACUCCGCCUUACUUCCUCUCUACACUGUGAAAGGAAUGCUGCUUUUCUUUGAGU